GCCUUAACUUCUGCAAAGAGUCAGAUUGGAGUCUGCUUUUUCCAAAUGGAAACGAGCAUUCUAAAGGCACGGACGGCAACGGCCGUGGCGGUACGAGCUGGUCAGACUGUCACCAUUAUCAACACUUAUGGCAAACAAGUGGUUGAUUUUUGGGCCUUUAACCCUAAAGUUCCCACAGAUUACCUGUCUAUGGUGCACACCAGGACUAUGUUGAUGAAAGUGGCCGUAAGAAUGGGCGACACUUUGUACAGCACGCGACGUAAACCAAUGGUGACCUUGAUUGAAGACACUACCAAGGGGGUGCAUGACAUUCUCUGGUCCGCUUGCGAUGCUGAGAGGUACCGACUUCAGGGGUUCAACGGAUACCAUGAAAAUUGUACCAACAACAUGCACAAGGUUCGUAUUAAUAGCUGGUGGCUCCCGUCCGUAGCUCGCUGCAACUUUGGUGGCACGGACUGAUAGCGAAUACGCACAAACUUGCAGGCGCUGAAGCAAAGCUUUCCCGAAUUCCACAUUGCACAAGAUUAGGUUCCGGAUCCAUUCAACAUUUUCAUGAACGUGGCCAUUGACCAUCACGGUGGCCUGGAUAUUCGCCAGCCGACCAGCGAGAAGGGCCAGUUUGUAACUCUUCGCGCAGAGACUGACCUUAUCGUCGUCAUGAGCGCCUUUCCACAGGACAUGGCCCCAGUAAACGGGGGGUUACCCACUGACUGCGAAUACUAUGUCUCUAGAGAUGCCUCUGUGCCUCUCACUCUUCCUCUGUCCAUUGAAGCCCGUCGACCACGAUGGAGGGCAAAGGUCGCUCUUUCCGUCGACUUUGACGCCGUCUCUCAUUGGCUAGGAACUGGCUGUCAUGCCGGCAACAACAUGGCUGACUACAGCUCUGGAAUAUUUGCAGGACAGGUUGGAGUGUAUCGCUUGCUUGUUCUGUUCAGCAAGUACAAUCUGGCGGAGCGGGUGACGUGGUUCAUUCCAGGCCACACGACAGAAACUUUUCCUGAGGCGGCGAAGGCCGUGCUCAAGUCUGGAGCAGAGAUCGGUCUACAUGGAUAUGCGCAUGAGGGCAUAUAUCAAAUGACUGAGGAACAGGAAAGAGAUGUCCUCAUCAAGUGCAUUGACGUUGCUACCAAACUUGUUGGCAAGAAGCCUCGUGGGUAUCGAGCUCCUAUGUAUACGAUUCGCGAAACCACUGUUAAACUGCUCCGAGAGCACGGAUUCUUAUACGACACCUCUCUGAUGCAUCACGACUCUCAACCAUACUUCACUCCAGCAGACCCGCCGUUGGACCGCAUCGACUUUUCAAAGCCCGCCUCAUCGUGGCUGCGCCCAUCAAACAUUGCGCCGCAAGGAUAUCUCGCAGAAGGCCAGCAUCCGCUCGUCGAGAUUCCCUGUGGCUGGUACAACGAGGACAUGAUGCCCUUGCAAUACCUCCCGCACCUGGCCAACAGCAUGGGCUACGUUUCGACACGGGUCGUGGAGCAGAUGUGGAAGGACAAGUUUCUCUGGCUCUGCGAGAACAGUCCCGUUGUUGCCGCCGCUGGCGCAGACGAGAAGCAGGUUUCCCAAUUCGUCUUUCCGAUCCUGAUCCACCCGGACGUCAGCGGCAUGGCGCACAUCAUCGGGAUGGUCGAGCGCGUCGUGCAAUGGUUGCUUGCCUUUGGUCAAGAUCAGGUCCAAUUCUGCACUCACGAACAGAUUGCCACGGAGUGGCUGGCGACUCAGAAGGCCAAGGAAAAUGGAAAAUGA